UCCCGGGGAGCUGCGGCGGCCGCUGAGGGGAGCCCGCCGGCGGCAGCGGGCCGGGCCGGGCCGUGCCCGGCGGGGCAGGGCAGGGCGGGGCAGGGCAGGGCGCUCGUUACCACAGCGCUGCGCUGAGGCGGCGGCUGUUGCGGCGGCGCGGCGGGUGGGUAGCGGCGGGCGGCUCCUCCUCCUUCUCGGCGGGCGCAGCAUGGCGGUCAAGGUGCAGUCAACCAAAAGAGCGGAUCCCGCUGAACUACGAAAUAUUUUUUUGCAGUAUGCCAGUGUUGAGAAAGAUGGAGAGCGUUACAUGACCCCAGAAGAUUUUGUGCAAAAAUACCUAGGACUUUAUACAGAUCUGCGUUACAAUCCUAAAACUGUGCAGCUGUUGGCUGGAGUGGCAGAUCAAACUAAGGAUGGGUUGAUUUCCUAUCAAGAAUUUUUGGCUUUUGAAUCUGUUCUGUGUACUCCAGAUGCAAUAUUCAUUGUUGCUUUUCAGUUAUUUGACAAGAGUGGCAAUGGAGAAGUAACAUUUGCAAAUGUCAAAGAAAUAUUUGAACAAACUAUUAUUCAUCUCCAAAUCCCCUUCAACUGGGACUGUGAGUUCAUUCGACUGCAUUUUGGGCAUAACAAGAAGAAGCAUCUUAACUAUUCCGAGUUCACUCAGUUUCUUCAGGAGCUGCAGUCAGAACACGCAAGACAAGCCUUUGCAUUGAAGGACAAAAAUAAAAGUGGUAUGAUAACUGGGCUGGACUUCAGUGACAUCAUGGUUACCCUUCGUUCACAUAUGCUAACUCCAUUUGUGGAAGAAAAUUUAGUUUCAGUAGCUGGCGGAACUGUUUCACAUCAGGUCAGCUUCUCCUAUUUCAAUGCAUUUAAUGCCCUUCUGAAUAACAUGGAUCUUGUUAGGAAGAUAUACAGUAAUAUAGCAGGUACAAGAAAAGAUGUUGAAGUCACAAAAGAGGAAUUUACCCACUCUGCAAUUCGCUUUGGACAAGUUACACCACUGGAAAUAGAUAUUCUCUACCAACUUGCAGAUUUAUACAGUGUUACUGGGCGCUUAACUUUGGCAGAUGUUGAGAGAAUAGCACCACUGGCAGAAGGUGCAUUACCUUACAACUUGGCAGAACUCCAGAAACAGCAGUCUUUUGGAGAGUUAGGCAGGCCUAUCUGGCUCCAGGUAGCCGAGUCAGCUUACAGGUUCACUUUGGGCUCAAUUGCUGGAGCUGUUGGUGCUACUGCUGUAUACCCCAUAGACCUGGUGAAAACUCGCAUGCAGAAUCAGCGUUCUUCUGGUUCAGUCGUAGGAGAGCUGAUGUAUAAAAACAGCUUUGACUGCUUUAAAAAGGUUUUGCGUUUCGAAGGCUUUUUUGGUCUUUACAGAGGCUUGUUACCACAGCUGAUAGGUGUUGCUCCAGAAAAGGCUAUUAAGCUAACUGUUAAUGACUUUGUCAGAGACAAAUUUACUAAGAAAGAUGGUUCCAUUCCACUCCCCGCAGAGGUCCUUGCUGGAGGCUGUGCAGGAGCUUCCCAGGUCAUCUUCACUAAUCCUCUGGAGAUUGUAAAGAUUCGGUUGCAGGUAGCAGGGGAAAUUACUACAGGACCCAGAGUCAGUGCCCUUUCUGUUAUAAAAGAUUUAGGCCUCCUUGGUCUUUAUAAGGGUGCCAAAGCAUGUUUCCUCAGAGACAUUCCCUUUUCUGCAAUCUACUUUCCUGUUUAUGCUCAUAGUAAACUGAUGCUUGCUGAUGAAAAUGGCCAUGUGGGAGGGCUUAAUCUCCUUAUAGCUGGAGCCAUUGCAGGUGUGCCUGCUGCUUCUUUGGUAACCCCUGCUGAUGUCAUCAAGACAAGACUGCAAGUGGCAGCUCGCGCUGGUCAGACAACAUACAGUGGAGUUAUUGACUGCUUCGGAAAGAUUCUAAGGGAAGAAGGCCCUUCGGCUUUUUGGAAGGGAGCUGCAGCUCGUGUGUUCAGAUCUUCACCCCAGUUUGGUGUUACUUUGGUCACUUAUGAACUUCUGCAAAGAUGGUUUUAUGUCGAUUUUGGAGGCCUCAAGCCUUCUGGAUCAGAACCUAUGCCAAAAACUCGAAUUUCAGAUCUUCCUCCUGUUAACCCUGAGCACAUAGGUGGCUACAGACUGGCUACAGCUACGUUUGCUGGUAUAGAAAAUAAAUUUGGUUUGUAUCUUCCAAAGUUUCGAUCUCCUGGUAUCACCUCAGCGCAACCAAAAAGUAGCACCUGAAUCCUGAAAAGAUGUUUCUAACUGAUGCAGUGGAAGAGGUUCACAAGAGUAGUACUGUAUUUUUUUCCAGUCAGCUGCAUGUUGUUCGAGCUGAACUGAGCUUGCAAAUCUAAUUACUCCUUUCUAAUAUUAAUACAUACUUGCAUUUAUUUGUUUAUUUGCACACAAGGAACUGAUUGAAGCUGUAGUUUCUAUGCCUUGUUUUAACAAGUGGCAUGAAUCUGUAGCCUAGACUUUGCCUUGCACAGCUUGCAUUCAAUGUUACUGUACAUAUUGUACAUCUUUGUACAGAGACAUCAUGGCAUCUAUAUACAUACAUUUAUAUAAUGGGUAUUGCAGUUCAGAAUAGUUUGAAAUGUACAGAAUGUUUUGAAGGUGUUUUGUUAACAAUCAUGACAAUAAAAUAUUUAGAAAGACUUAUUUCAGUUCACUUUUUUUUGUGCUUAUAGAAUGUUGUUCAGUGUGAUGUUUUUUUUCCCCCCCACAGAUUAAAGAUUAGAUGCAACCAUUUAAUAAAUGUGCAGUACAGGACCUAGUCUGUGAAGGAAUGCAUUUUACUGCUAGUUCCAGCAAAGGUAAUAAAAUGCAAUGUGCUGGCUUGUAAGUGCAGAAAGACACAGUAAUUAGAUGAGCACAUGCAAUUUUUUUUGCCAAGGAAGUUUGGACCAGAUGAUCUUUGAGGUCCCUUCCAACCUGGUAUUCUAUGAUUGAGUAUUUUAUUUCACAACAUUACCUUGCAACAAAGCAUUCCCUCGAAAUACAUGGUAAUACUAAAUGUGUAAUUGAUCUUACCUCUACAGUAACAUACUUGAAACACAAUGAGAUAUUUGUCAGUUAUUAGCCGACUCUAGAAUUUUUACAGGAUUUAUUACUCAGUGCUGAUUUCCCAGAAUGGAAAACUUAAUAAAAAAGUGAAGGUAUUCUCUUUAUUUCUAGAUUGUUUUACCAUUGAAAGAUUAGAUUAUUAUGGGAAAAAAAAGCAACUUACUUUUUAUAUUCUUUUUCUAUGCAAAACUGAUUGUUUACACUUUCAGUUGAGUGGAAUGCUAAGUAAAAGGAGAGGGGAGAGGAAAAGCUUGAACUACUUCUGGCUCAAUGUCUGCCAGAAGUUUAUCUGGUAUGCUUUUUAAAUGCAAAAAUGUCAGAGAAAAUAGGGGUCUAGAUUUCUACAGUCCUAGAGGAAAAGUGGUUGGUUAUACUAACUAUACAGCCAGAGAUGAGAUGGGUGGGUUUCCAGCCUUGCUUACUGCAGUACGAAUGACAACUUCCAGUCUAGUUUUACAUUUUUCUUUCAGGUUAAGCACCCUGGAGAACAGUGUAUCCCAACACAAUAAACUCAUUUGAGGUUCUGUUAUUUUCUUGCUCGGGUGACAGCAGGCCAAUAUGAAGAGUUUUAGUCAGAUUAUGAAGAAAUGGCUUCUUAAAAACUGAACACGACAAGCACUGACAAGCCAUACUUCAGUUCUAGCAUCUAAGCAACAUGCAAAAUCUUUUGGUGUUGAGUAACACCUAGUGAGUUAGAGGUUAGAAUACAUGGAACCUGGGAGUUUGAUCACUAUUCUGCAACAUGCAUAUAACCCCACUAGAAGGCCUCCUGUUUUCUUUCUUUUUUUUCCAUUUAAAAAAUUACCUGUUCGAUGCAGUUUUCUAGAGACAGGCUUCCCAGGAACUUUCUCCCAUAUCUUCAUAUUUUGUUCUGCGCUUUUCUAAAUACACACAAAAAUGGUAGGUACCCACUGGCAUUUAAUCUUAGUCACAGCUUGCUGACGGACUUGAUCAAGGCCUUGGGAGACUUUACAAAGCAAGAUAGCAUUUCUGUUUCUUACAGUUCCACAACUGGACAGUGUGGCUUCCCAGGAGGAUCAUUUACAGUAUUCUAGCAGCAUGUUACAUGAUGCAGUAUCACUGUUACACCAUUUUUAACUACUCCGUGAAGGAAGAAUCCAAACAGGAAUGAGUACAGAAUAGUUUUGUUGAAAAUUAUUAAAAGGCUGAAAUUACACAAAAUUAAUACCAGAUGACCUGUAUGUUUAUGUCACAAUCCACUGAAAGAAAGCCUUACCUACUGGAUUUCUGUAACGUAUUAUUAAAUGAGAAGGGACAAUCUCUGGAAAAAAAAA